CGCGAUUCGUGUCCCACGCGCUCCCUCCUCCUAUCCCCGUCUCCUACCGCGUCGACACGGCGAUACCCCCGCGGCACCCACCCACCCAUCCAAGCUUCCGUUUCUCGUUCUCUCCCCCCACCACACCACGACCCCUUCCAAAACAACAAACAGAACCGAAGCCGACUAGCGCGACCGAGGAGGCAGAGACGGGUGGAGGAAAAGGGCAAAGUCGCCGCCCGCCGCCCGCCGCUGAUCGGUCGGUGAGCCCGAUGCGCUGUACCGCUCGGCCUCGUCGUGUUCCGCCGCGCUGAUCUCCGCCUCCCGCGACGCCCGAUUCCAGAGGAUCGCUUCUUCGGUUUGGCCGGCCGGUAGGUGCGUGGGGGGUUCAGGAGGCGGGGUCUCGGCGGCUGCAAUGCAUGCUCGCAUCUCGUGGCGGCGUUUCAUCGCUUCGGUCCGUUUGUUUUUCGGCUUGUUGCGCUGAAAUUGAGCGAUUCGUUUCCUUGAUUCAAGGACUACUAGUGGGGCGGGGGCAUCCUGCGUGGUGGCUCUGGCUGUCUGGUCUGUAUCUGUAUGAUAGGUAUCGGCUUUUUCUAAUUCUCAUAUAUUAGUGGAUUUUUGCUGUUCCUUGCGGAUUUGCUAUUUUUGCUGUUUUUUUCGUGAAGAAACUAAAACGAUGAGUGGUUGUUUUUGUGGAUGCAAAAAAACCAGUGGGCGUUGGCAGUUGUGCCGUCCCGGCUAGCUGCGGACUUGUCUUGGCCUAGCAGGGAAGUGAUGGAGCACAAGAAAGCUAGAGCAGUGGAGGAUCCUGCCCGGUUGAUUUGCGACGAUGCCCUCACCGAGGUAUUCCGCAGGCUGCCUGCCCGUGCGCUCGCGGCCUGCAGACUGGUGUGCAAGUCAUGGAUGUCCGUGCUCACAGAUCCACACUUCAUCCAUGAGCACCUGAGCCGUGGCCAGCAGAAGCUGCUGCUCUUUGCGACUGACAGGGGAAACGACAGGUCGCUCGCCAUGGUGCUCGCGGACAACAACGCAUCCAUGUACCAGCUGUCAAGGCCCGCGGCGUCUCGGAGCGUCUUCGUGCACAAUUCUUGCAAUGGCCUGCUCUGCCUAGGUGACAGCACAGGAGCUGUCGAGGUGCUGAACCCAACGACUGGUGAAUCUUUAAUGUUGCCGAUGCCAAUGUACACGGCAGGGAGCAGCCAGUUCUCGUCCUGCAAUUGGCACUGCUUGGGGUUUUGCCCACAAAAAAGGGAACACAAGGUGGUGCAUUUCUAUCCAGGAGCUCACAAUGACCCGUUCAAGGUACACUGUGAGAUAUACACGAUUGGAGUCGGUGUCUGGAGACAAGUUGGGAGCUGUCAUGGUGCUCCGACUGACAGAGGGGUGCAUGUGAAUGGGAUGGUAUACUAUCUGACAAAGUUCCGCUACAUUGCUUCAUCGCGUAUCAACUGCUUGAAUCUUGAGAGCGAAAAAUUUGAUGUGAUGAUGCUUCCUCCACACAAAUCUUAUGGAGGUCAUUGCUCUUUGGCAGAGCUUGAGGGAAAGCUAUGCUUGUUGAUUGUCGAUGGUGCAUUGGAAGGUCCGCCUCGUACAAUGGACAUACUGAUGCUCAAUAGCCAUGAUAAGCAGGGCUGGACUCACAGAUACCACUUCUCCUUGCCUUGGUUGAUGCCUUCAUGUUAUUUUACUCCGAAACACACACUCUUCCACGGUGGAAAAAUUUGGGUGCAGUUGUUGGCUAGGAAUCUAUAUUGUUUUGACCCAAGUUCAAGUUCAGAAGAACUGACAACAGCCUGGCCAGAGCUUGACUUUUCCUUUAGCACACAUACUUUCAUUGAGAGCAUAGUUCCUCUGCGUAAAGACUACUACUUCAAGCAGAUACAGUGACAGUGGUGUGCUGCCCCUUGCUUUCAAGGUGGUUCUCAGUUUACAUCUUUACAUUAUCUUUUAUCUUAUCGUUUCUUUUUUCUUAUAUGAACGACCAAGCUGUUACGUGUUAGUCAGCUUAAGAUGGUGUGCUGUUCUGGAUUCUAAUUAGCGAUAAUAAUUGCAAUUUCCAGACAUCUUAACUACUCAUUCUUCUAGAUUUUAAUUGAUCUGGCCAUUUCUCUUUAUGCUGAGAAGUUGAUAGGCCAAGUUCAGAGGAUCAUUUCAUUAGUUCUUAUUUCACAGCUUAGGUGAUUAUUGAUGUAAACACUGAACCUGUAUUUUAUACUGCCUCCGAAAAGUUUCUUGUAAUCUGAUGGGAUAUAAAUUAAAAAGUAUAUGAAUACCGUGUGAUGUUUUCUGCUACACUUCAACACUUCGUUGAUAACAAAUUUUCUAGCUGUGCCUGUUAAAAGUCUAUGAAUACCGUGCAUCUGAUGAAAUUAGUAUUUGCAUGGAAAUAUUUUCUUUCUAGGUAGAUGAAGUUCAAUACCUGGAAUAGUAUCUGAAGAAUUGUUGGCUAGCUGCAUCAUUUGCUGUGAUGCUCACUAUGCACGUACAGUUACUUCCUUGGACUUGGAGUAUUCUUUACAAACAUGAUUUUUUUUCCGUAAUUGCUAUCGGUUUGUUCUGAUUUUCCUUAUGAGCUUUUUAUUACUUCCUUGACUCAGAUGUGCUUUGCUUUUCAAAAAUUGCUGCCCCAGAUAUCUUAUUUAAAAUUGUUAGUAUGGAACACUGCCAUUUGUUCUGUUUUUCAUGCUCUAGUGUUGAAGGAAAAUACUUUUCUAGUUUGGGUCAUAUUCGGGGAUAAAUUGGCUAAGAAGCUUGAAAAAGAUAUUUCUGAACCACAAACUCCACAAGGUAUCCAAUUAUCCACCUAUCCACAUUAGCUCGUGCUGCUUCCAGUUAAAGGCCUGCUUUAAAAUUGUACUCUCUGAGUCAAAUUAUAUAUCUGUAAUAUGUUAAUAUUUCUAUUGCUCUUUCAGAAGUAGAAAGUCUUCUUACUUUGUUUGCACAGAUAUCUGGAACCUUUCUGUUCUUGUUAUGAAUAUACCGAACCUAGAGCUCAGUUUUGGUAGUGUGUCAAUCUGGUUUGUGCUUUCAGAAGAUGUUUAAAGGUCACAAUAAUAAUGUAUCAACUAUCAACUAGGUGAUUUCUCACGCAAACUCUGGAUGAUCGAAAUUAUAUUGAUUUGGUAUGCAUAUUGUUGCAUCAAUUUAUAGGGGUGUUUUAUGGAAGAGAAGACAAAAAAAAAACAUUAUGAGUGAUCAUGUUGCAAAAUUUAUUUUAGAAUUUACAUGCAAAUUUGGAAUGUAACAAUCGCAAAAAAACAAUGAAUCGACACAUAUUGAGCUGGAAUUUCUACGUGAAUUGCUUCUCUCAAUCGAUAAAAUUGCCGGUCUUUGGAACACAGCUUGCAAACCUCAACAUGGUCCAUUGCUCAAGCGUAGCACUAUACAUUUCUUUCUACUUUUCUUUUUGAAGCAUCUAUGCAUUUCAAUUUCACUGAUUCCAUAUGGGGCCCUGUUGGCACUUCAUGUACUGCCAAAAUAAUUGAGUAAUCUUUCAAGAACCACAUGUGGACAUGGAUAUGUUGAUUUCAUACCAGUAUCACAGUAUGAACUCGGAAGUACAUGUUUUAGCUCAUUUGUUGGAAUUUGAAAUGAAAGAUUAUAAAUGAGCAAAUUUAACAUGAUAUAAGAUAAGUAAUAAAAAACCAUGUCCAACACGUUGGGGUUUCACCAUAGGUAAACACCCCCAUAUUUUGAAGCUAAUGAAUAGUCUUUCUUUGUUUUAAAUUUGCUUUCACCUUUCAGGACCAACUUUGCUUCGAGUUAAGCAACAAAGGUGAUAAUAAAGCAAAAGAUAAACAUCUUAAUUCAGGCAAGCACAUAGAUCAUACGAAGGUCAAAGUUGUUACAUCACCUUUAUUCUAUGCCCAAAAGCUUCAUCAAUGAAGACACAAUAUGAAGCCUCAAACCACAUGAAGUCUCACCUACGAAGACUUUGUAUGAAGCAUUAGGAGAUAUGAAGCUUCCUAAGAAAGGCGAUAUCUUCCUACAAUUAAGCAAAGCCACGAAAGAGUCUUUGCCAGAGGUGAAGACGUGCCUGUGAAGACUGGUCACCGACAAGAAUUCAAGCAUUGAUAAAGAUGGAAACAAACCAAAUUGCCCUUGAAUGGGCAAACGAUUGUAACUUUAUAGUACAGGGUAGUUAGGACUUUACAGAAGUGCUAAAAGGUGCCCCUAUAAAUACCCCUGACAUGUACUAUUUAUAGACAUGACAUAUUUUACUGCAAUUUACCUGUCGGUUAAUUCUU